AUGCCGGAACUCAACUGCUCCCGUGCGAGUCCUACCACAGCGAACGCCUCGGUCGACGCCGGCUGCCCCGAUCACGCUCUGCGGUGCAUCUGGACGAACGCGUCGCGGUUCCCGGGGAACGACCUGGAUGAAAUCUGCUUGAGCGAGGACGACUACAUGUUGAUGAAACUGGGGCCCCCGAGGUCCCCGGUGUUCCUUCCGGUCUGCGUUACCUACCUGAGCAUCUUCCUGGUGGGAGUCCUGGGCAAUUCCCUCACCUGCGCGGUCAUCCUGCGCUACAAGGUGAUGCAGACGCCCACCAACUACUACCUUUUGAGCCUGGCCGCGUCCGACCUCCUGGUGCUGCUUUUGGGCAUGCCGCUGGAACUCUACGAGAUGUGGCAGAAUUACCCUUUCCUGUUCGGGGAAGGCGGUUGCUACUUCAAAACCUUCCUGUUCGAGACGGUGUGCUUCGCCUCAGUCCUCAACGUCACGGCUCUCAGCGUGGAGCGCUAUUUGGCCGUGGCGCAUCCCCUCAAGGUCAAGUACGUGAGCACGUCUGCUCACGUCAAGAGGGUGGUCUUCGCGCUGUGGUCGCUCUCCAUGCUAUGCUCUGUGCCCAACACCAGCCUUCACGGGAUCGUCACGUUGCCUCCUCAAUUCGGACGGGACUUCCCGCGUUCUGCUAUUUGCCAGUUGGUGAAGCCCAGAUGGAUGUACAAUCUAAUCAUCCUGAUUUCCACGCUGGUCUUCUUCAUCCUGCCCAUGCUGAUCAUCAGCAUCCUCUACCUUCUUAUCGGACUGCAGCUACACAGGGAGAAGACCAUGACCACCACGGUGGAGGUCCGGUGCAGCUUUGGCCCAGAAAGCCUCAGCAAAGCCCACGCGCGGAAAGUCAACAAACGCAACCUUCAAGUCACCAAAAUGUUGUGUGUGCUGGUGAUGGUUUUUGGUCUCUGCUGGGCUCCCUUCCAUGCGGACCGUCUGAUGUGGAGCCUGAUGGACGCGUCGCUGGAGAGCCACCUGCAGAUCUUCGAGCACGUCCACAUCGUGUCGGGCGUCUUCUUCUACCUGAGCGCCGCCGUCAACCCCGUCCUCUACAACCUCAUGUCCACGCGCUUCCGAGAAAUGUUCAGACACGUCUGUUGCAGCGGCGACGGCUGGUCGCUAAGCUCGGGUUUGGAGAUGAGUCUGCGCGCUAGCUUGAGCCACAAAGCGCGUGAAAAAAGCAAAUGGACUCCGGCGGCCAUGUUGAAGCAGACUACGUUGAAUGGAGACGGCUGA